CUCUCACUGCUGCUGCCUCCGCGGCUGUGCAGGCUUAGAAGCGGCAUGGUGCAGCUGGCGUGGAUGGUGGCACUGGGUUUAUCCCCUUCCUUCUCUCUGGCGAAGCAGUGGCUAUUGAGGAUCCGCUGCAGGGAGGAUUUCACCAUCCGGCCGCUGGGGUCCGAAACCAGGAAAACCUCCGCUGCGCCUCUCCGCGCCGCCGCCGCUGCUCGCCGUUCGCAAAAUGGCGCUGCUGCCGCCGCCCGCCUUUAUAGACGCCGCGUCCGGGCCACGCCCCCCGCACCGCCGGGAACGCGGCCGCACGAGAGGCAGAGCCGCGGGGCCGCCGGGAAAAACAGUCACGCCCGCCCCUUCCAGCGUCUGAUUGGUAGAAGGCCUGCUGAUUGGCCCACCCCCGGUCUCCAGCCACCUGCUGCCGUCCAUCACAGGGCCACCCUCCCCAUCCUCCAUCCUGUCCACAAGGCUCAGCAAAGCGGCUGGCGGCCUGGCCCGGGACCUGCUGCUGCUCCAGUCAUCUCCAUGGCAACCAGCGCCUGGGAGGAGCUAGAUGGCGGCCUGGGCAGCUGCCAGGCCCUGGAGGACCACUCUGCGCUGGCCGAGCCCCAGGAGGACAGGGCUCCAGCAACACCCAGGCUGGCCGACUCUGGCAGCCCGCCCCACGACUCUCAGGAGCCGGUGGCUGAAGGCUGCAGUGUGGACACCAGGCCCAAGAAGAUGGAAAAAGAGGCUGCCGCCAGGGGGACCCCAGGAACGGGGAAGGAGAGGCUGAAAGCUGGAGCGAGCCCUCGGAGCGCCCCCGCGCGCAAGAAGGCGCAGACCGCGCCGCCCCCGCAGCCGCCGCCGCAACCCCCGGCCCUGAGCCAGGAGCUGCCCUGGGGAGACCUGUCGCUCAACAAGUGUCUGGUGCUCGCGUCGCUGGUGGCGCUGCUGGGCUCGGCUUUCCAGCUGUGCCGCGACGCCGUGGCUGGGGAGGCAGCAGUCCAAGCGCGUGCGCCCGAGCCCUGGGUCCCGCCAAGCUCAGCCCCGAGGGAGCCAUCGUCGCCCCUGCUUAAGUUCGAGGCCCAGGCGCCCCCAUCAGCGCUGCCUGCGCCCCGGACCGAGGCAGAGAUCAGACCCAAGAUUCCCGGGAGUCGGGAGGCUGCAGAGAAGGACGAAGAGGAGCCUGGCGAGGCCACCGGAGAGGCCGUCGGGGAGGACCGUGUGCCCCUCGCAGACCGGGGACCCAAGGAGAGGCCUCGGAGAGAGGGGAAACCGCGGAAGGAGAAGCCGCGGAAGGAGGAGAGGCCGAAGAAAGAGAGGCCGCGGAAGGAGGAGAGGCCACGGGCCGCCAGGGAGCCCCGGGAAGCCCUGCCUCGGCGCUGGGAGUCACGCGAAGGGGGCCAUCGGCCGUGGGCACGGGACUCCAGGGACGCCGAGCCCAGGAAGAGGCAGGCCUGGGUCUCCCCGAGGCGUCCCGACGAGGAGGAGCGGCCUGGGAGUCGCCAGAAGCUCCGCGCAGGCAAGGGGCGGGACUAAGCCGGCCCGCGCCCGAGUCCAGGGACCCCUUCUCCACAACCCGCGACUCUGGCGAAAUAAAGCGAGGGCUGCGGCCGCA